CCUCUUAGGUUGAGAUAUAAAAAGAGAAUUAUCUUGUAGCUUUGAACAAGGGAGGCGCCUGAAAAGAAACUGGUAUUUCUUUUUUUUUAUUUGAAUAUCUCAAAGUGAAAAAAAAAAUAAGACAAGAGUUGUAAAGAUUCAAACUAAGAACAUCUGAAACAAAAUGAGGGCUCUACUUGCUGUCUCUCUCAUGGUAACACUGUCGGUCAUCGACUCGAAGGUCUGGGAAAUCCCGAUACCUGCCCACCUGCAGCACUGCUACGACAGAGUGCAGACAAAGAGCGUGGAUACUUACGUUGGAAGUACUUACGGAUGGAUGUGUGAGAAUUCCUUGAAAAAACCCGAGACCCCCGCAGGAGUUCCGGUCUAUGAUGCUCCAAUAACCACAUAUUACAAGCAUUUGUAUGAUAAAUACAUUCAAAAUGCCCCACACGUUGCUAAGACUAGAGGCAAACGCCAGGCAUCGGCUGGUAGAUGUACCAGAAAGGAGUACCGUAUGUUGACUGAUGAUGAGAGAACCAGGUACCACAACGCUGUCAAUGCUUUGAAACAAGAUUCUUCUGUUCCCCCUAACAAGUACGAUGCCAUUGCGAUGCUACACUCAGGGGAGACCAACUUCAUAGCCCACGGUGGUCCAGGCUUUCUUGGCUGGCACAGGAUCUUCCUCAUGAUAUACGAGACCGCUCUUAAGGAGGUCGACCCCACUGUCUGCUUGCCUUAUUGGGAUUCGUCUCUGGAUAACUUGCUCACUGACCCUUCCUCUUCAACCAUUUGGACCCCACAGUUUCUAGGCUCAUCCCAAGGACCUGUAACUGAAGGUCCAUUUGCAAACUGGGUGACACCAGAGGGCGUUCAACUUAUUCGAAACGUUGGAGCGGAUGGUGAGCUGUUCACUACUACUGCACUGGCCGACAUCUUGUCCAGAACCAGACAUGAAGAAAUUGUCACAUCGGAUUUAUCGGACCCUCGCUACGACCUCGAGUUCCACCACGCUGCCGUCCACGUGUUCGUAGGUGGCGCCAUGACCAGGUUGGACACAGCGACCUUUGACCCGGUCUUCUAUAUGCACCACGCCUUCAUAGACUACAUCUGGGAGCUGUUCCGAACAAACUUGAAGGCGAUCAAUGUUAACCCGGAAACCUAUCCCGAGAUCCCUAAUGUUGACCCACGCCAUGUUGCCACAGCCCCAACAGGUUUUGGUGACCUCACUCAGGCGGAUGGCUACUUGGAAUCUCUCAGUGAAUCUUUCCACUACGAGCCCGUCCCUGUCUGUUCUGCUGCUGCACCUGACUGUGGCUCCAGAUAUCUAACAUGUCAAGUCAGUAGUGGCAGAUGUAUGGCCCUCUCUCGUAGUACCCCAGUGGUUCCCACACCAAUACCGAUAACUACGCCCAUCACCGUGCCCACUCCCCCUCUACCUACCAUCCCCCCAAUCAGCCCCAACACGUCAGAAACGUGCAAGAAACCUCUGUACGGGCUACCCAUCCAGAACGACUACUGCUGCGACAAGAGUUGCGACACCAACAAGUGGGCCCUGAUCCCCGUCAAGAUCAUCAGUGUGAGACCCCCCAAGUUCCAGAAAUACGGCAGCUACCCGGUCACUGCAGGUCAUGUGGACACAAAGCAGGACAUCUAUGCCCCCAAGGCCUAUGCCCAAACAGAAAAGUAUAUCUCCAGCCGACAGAGCAACCCCAAAACUUACAGAAGAUGUGAGAACGACUCGCCCUCUGGUCAGAUCUACAUUUACUCCAAGGGCAUCAAUUACGACGGUCUCUAUAAGGAGUCAUCUAUAGUCGAUCAAAGGCUGGCCGUGUCCAUCUCAAUGGGCUUCGUGGGCAUUAAGAAACCUGGCCCAGGAGAAGCUGGAGUCAGCAAAGCUUUGAUUAGAGCCCACGACUCAUGCGGACGAGUAUGUCACGUGGGAUGCAGAGACCCAGUCACAAACGAGUUCAAGCCCUGCUCUGGGGCCGUGGCCAUCAGCGACGAGGCCCCACUGACGUAUGGGCUCUCGUACGACGAUGCUUUCAUGAGUGUAUUUGACUAUCAGUUCAACAGCGACUGUCCAAAGUUCAAGACCGAGAAUUUCUUCAUCACUUUCUACUGCGACUACCUGAACAAAUUUCCUUACGCCCAGCCAACACAGAGCCCACCUCCACCACCCCCACCCACCACCCCUGCACCUGUAGUGGACCAUGGCAAAGGUUGUCGUAUCAGCAAAGACUGUACCAUUGACGUUCCCUGCACAGGCCACUACCGCCAGUGUAACGUGUACAAUGAGAAACAUCUGUGUCAUGGCUCCUGCAGCUCCUUCGCCGCCUGUACUUAUGGUCACUAUUUCGUUAGAAAGUGUCCGAUUGGUCAAUUUUAUGAUGAUGUGGCUCACAGGUGUACUUACGGCUAUUGUCAGCCAGGAGCUGCCGGUGCCCCAAGAGUCUUGAGACCUGCUCGAUUUGGAAAAUAAACAAUGUCUUUCACCCUACAGAAUGAGGACAAAGUUCAACAAAAUCAUUUGAAAACCACAAGCUGACAUCGCAAAGAAAAUAUUUCUUUAGGUUUAUAAUUU